GGAAUGACAAGACCUCCAAGCGAUGGUCUUGGCUCCUUUAAUGGGUGCAUGUGAUUGACCUUUGAUGGAAGGGACAUUGAAAUCUGAUAGCUAAAGGAAGUUCCUGUUCAUGCGCAAGCAAUAUCCAAUUUGCUGAGAGUGUGUGAUAGAUUGUUGGUUCUCAACCAGUGACCAUGUGGAUGUCUUUGAUCUUCUUCCUCUUCUGCCUCCUGCUUGGUAUAGGCGUAUGUUUGCGCUGUGAGCGUUGUAGCAGCAGCAGCACCUUGUGCACUGGAAUACCUUAUCCCUGCUCAGAAACUGAAGAUUCCUGUCUCGUCAUGACCACAGAAUACGUCAUUGCCAACAAUGACAGAUGGGUGGCCACCUACAAGGGUUGUACCAAGAGAAAGUACUGCCCUUCUCCCUCCUCGAGUGCCACAUUCCCUUCUCAGCGCAAACGGAGAGCUGUCAGAUGUUGCCAGAAAGACUUCUGCAACAAGGGAUCAGUGACGUUGCCAAAAUUAUCAACCAAGCCAAAUGGGCUGAAGUGUCCUGGAUGCUUCUCGGUGCAUGCCAAAUGCCAACCCACCGACACGUUAAACUGCCAUGGUUCAGAAAGCAAAUGUGUAUAUUAUGAUAUGACUGUGGAACAGGGUGACCAAAUAUACACUUUUGCUAAACGUGGCUGCGCAACCAAGGCGGUCUGUAAGAACACACACCAGAUGUAUGGGGUGCCUGGACUGUUUAUCGAAAUUUGGAAGACUGCCAAAUGCUACGCAGCUCCUAAGAGAUGAACUGAACCAGCGAGGAGCAAGUCCUUUGGAAAACCCGCCACUCUAGAAGAAUUCCCCUUUUCUAGAACUCUUUCUCAAAUUUUUUUAAAAAUUAUACGUUUAUUUAUAUAUAGACACAACUAUUACUUUUACCUGGCAAUUUUCAUUUCCAUUGAUUUUUAGUAAAGGAGAA